AUGCUUAACACCACAUUCGACUGCGCAUCUAUCCAUCAGUUCGCAGACUUCUUCGCACUAAACACCACGAAUGUUACCACGGCAGUCGAGGCGUGUCCGGAAAAGUGCAGCUUAGCAUGGGGAAAGGGCAAUCCAGACCUAUCCGGCAUCGGCGUCUUCGUAUCGCAUAUCCUCCAAUUGGCGGUCUGCCUCUUACUGGGACCUUGCUAUGCGAUCGUAUAUCCCUUCCUUGACAGGAAACGCCAGAAGCACCUCGCCGGGAUCCAUAUCAAGGCUCUUCAGACGACACUGCUUCUUGCUUGCCCUAUUGCUGUAGCGAGUAUAAUCGAUCUGAAGAGACGAUCAACGCUGUUCGAGGCCAGAUUCAUCUACUACCUGAACUUCAUGGAGCUCCUGGCGGCUUGUGUUCUCGUGUCCACCAUGGUGGUACACACGGGGGAAGACGAGGCAUUUCUAAUCGAGACUCGCGAAACUAUCACGUUGGUCCUGGGGAUCGUUAUGCAAAUAGGGCUCUCGACCGGAGUAAUGCACUGGGUCGACCGCAGGUCACUCUCAGCGAAAGACGUUCGAGCCUUCGUUACUGCUUGUGAAAGAUCCGGAGUGGUCGUACCAAUCCCUCCAAGCGAUUGGGCGAAUAAGUACAACAAGAAUCUUCGGUCAUUCCUCAUCGUGCUGUUACUCAUAUCGAUCGUCGCUGCCGUGGCAAUCUACAUGCUUAUCGCGAAUUUUAAAUCCAAGUCCCGGUCAGUCUGGCUUUGCCUUGUGUCUGCAGGUCUUGCUAGCGGAGUGGCCUACUCUUUCGCCAAGAUGCACUUGGCUCGAGUAGACCUGGCUCGAUUUAGCAAAAAUGGCUACGCAGACAACGAAUGGGGCUUUGGGCAGAUAGUCGCCUUGUUUGCCUGGGUUCCUCUGCUAGUGGAACUAUCCAUACCACUGCUCAUAUCAGGAAGCAGGGCGUUGACACCCUUGUGGGCGCGAGCAAGAAGAGGCCGUCAAGAGCAAAGUUCAGAAGCCUAA